UCAGUCUGUGACACCCUUCGUUCUGGCCCAGUGAUAUUUGGGAGCUAAGUUAAAUUUAGCCCUGACAGUCCUCACUCCUCAUCACAACAUACUCUGCACGCCACACCGGGGGGGUUACAAUGGAGGGUGUCAUGUUACCACAGAUGCUGCUGUAUCUCACUGGUGACUCCGGCCAAACAAGGUGACACUCAUGAUGGAGGAGGAAAGAAAAGAAAACAAGAACCAAGAGCCAGAUUCUCCAACACUUCAAGAAAAACCUCAGGAAGCAAGUCACAAUGGUUCUGCACUGCCUGCAACAGUGCCCGAGAUCGUUCCCACACAGUCGUUCUCCUCCUUACUGCCGAAGGCUCUCUCUGCUGUGUUACACCCAAAAGUGACCCCCAGCCUGAACUCUGACCCCCAACCCAGCAGAGAUCCAAUUAAGAAAACCCCGCUGAACCUGGAGCAGCUGCAGACGGAGCUGAGAGACCUGAGGGACCAGUUUGAUCAGAUGAAGAGUCAGCACAACAAAGAAAUUAAACUGCUGAUGAACGAGCUCGACGAGGAGAAAAGGAUCCGCUUGACUUUACAGAUGGAGAUUCAACGCAUGAAGAAGCACAUGUCUAAAUAGAGAAACUCACCAUCAACAAAGAAGUGAUCCGGAUUUGACAAGAUUAACUCCUGUUGUACAAAUAUCUUUAAAGAAAGAGUAUAUUUUUCUAAACGUUAAUAACACUUCCUGCUUCUUUUUGAUGACAGCAUUUUGACUUCAUUAUUUAUUUUAGUCUGGACUGUCAAACAGACUCCCAGAAGUACAAAAGUGAGGCUCGGCGAGAGCUGCACAAAGGUUCAAUGUAACUGUCUCUUAAACCGACAGGAGU